CCCUUUCCACUUCCAAAAUCCAGUUCUUAUCCCGUUUUCAUGAUGGCUGCUGUAUUUGAUAGUUGUAUUUUUGCUGGAAAUAUUUAUUUUUGUGUCGGCGUUUGUGGUUUAUUUCAGUGUAUCACUGUGAGGAAAUUGUGUUUUGAAAUGUAGAUAUUUACUGUGGUUAUUAUCUACUGUUAUGGCAGACGAAGAUCCAGAACUAGAAGUUCGUCGUGCCCUAGAUGUGGUCCAGUCCAUGAUUGACAUUUCUGCAGAUAGAUUGGAAGGGUUAAGAACGCAGUGUGCAACUAGCGCAGAAUUAACACAACAUGAAAUUAGAACUCUUGAGGGUAAACUCAUUAAGCUGUUCUCACGACAGUUGAUGCUCAAGGCAAGGCUGAAGGAUGACGGGACGCCGCCAGAGAUCAAACAUGUGCCGUCACUGCGCCAGUGGCUACAGGUCGUCGGCCUCUCUCCUGACUCGGUCCAGAUUGUGACGUAUAAAGUUCGCUCAUUGGAAGCGCUGCAGGAGAAGACUGAGAGGGAGUUGCGCACCUGGCUGUCUGAGAGGCCGCAGAAGGACGAGGAGCUGCGUAGAUUGAGUCAUGCCCUACAUAACCUCAAACGUUACACAGACAUCCUGGUGAGAGGUGACAGUGAGACAGUAGAAGCACUCUAUUGGGACUCAUGGGAUCGCCACCGGCUAGUAGCGGGAGGUGGGGGCUCGUCCCCUCGACCGCCGCGUUCCAGGGCUGGACGCUGCUCCGUGCCAUCAGAGGAGUCACUACAUCCUAUGCCCCCCUUGUCACCCCCACUGCCUCCUUACCAUACCACCACACCACCGUCCACCCCGCCAGUCGCCAAGGGAAAACAACUGGUCAUGGCCAGCGAGAGAGUGAGGUUCCCUACUACGCCGCCACCACGCCGGAAGCACCAGACAGGGUUACCAACCUUGCUGCCUGACCCACAGCCCCUCACUAAGUCCAAGAGCCAUGAGUCACAGUUGGCUAACAAAGUGGAUGGGGAAACCAACAGUAUAGGGAGCAGCACUGUGGAGAGGAGAGGUAGACUGCCGACGGAGCCGGGCCCAGGGGGUCACACAUCCCCACUGCUCUCCAGCCCUAUCAAGUCUCCGCCUCCUGUACGAGAUCCACCCCAGGAAGAUAUCACGUAUAAAACCAGCCUGCAGGUACCAAAGUCUCCUAGAACACCUACCAUCUCACGGGGCAUGGGGCACGUCAUCGCUCACCGGUUUACCAAAACAUUCAAGAUGAUGACUACCUGCGAUUACUGUGACAAACAGAUGUUCAUCGGCACAGGGUUGAAAUGUAAGGAGUGCAAGUACAAGUGCCACCGGGACUGUGAGCCCAAGGUGCCGCCGUCGUGUGGCCUGCCACGGGAGUUGGUGGAUGAGUUCCGGCGGACGAUCACUGGGAACCAGGACGUGUUUGUGCCGAGUCAAUCUCCCAGUCUGAACAGGCCGUCGCCCAGCCACGGGUUGCUCAGUCGACGAGAGAGGAAGACCAUCAAUGUACCACCAUUUCCAGGGGGUCUGGACUCCAGCUCCAACACGUCCAGCUGUAACAGUUCGACUCCUUCCAGCCCCGCUCUUGUGGCUAGUCACACCCCUGCUGCAACCCUCACCAAGCAUCAGCAAUUCCACUUCCCUGAUGUGGUUACGCUGCAAACACAUCCACUGGAAAGAUCUCAGGACUCAGACCGGACAGUGUCGGGGAGUGUGAGCACGGACUCGGACCACACCCCAGUGAGGGUGGACUCCCAGGACAGUCAGGUGUCUGACAGCGAGAUCGUGGACAACCGUGCCUGGCCUCGCCAGAACAGUCUUUCAAUGCGCGAGUGGGACAUUCCAUUUGAUGAGCUGAAGAUGGGCGAGCCUAUCGGUACCGGACAUUUCGGUACUGUGUACCGCGGCAACUGGCACGGCGACGUGGCCAUCAAGGUGCUCAACAUGAACUACAUGGAUGACGACAAGACCUUCGAAGCUUUCAAACUGGAGGUGGCGAUAUUCCGCAAGACCCGACAUGAGAACGUGGUGCUUUUCAUGGGAGCCUGCAUGAAACCUCCCCGGCUGGCGAUAGUGACCAGCAUGUGUAAAGGCAUGACCCUCUACACCCACAUCCACCUGUGUAAGGACAAGUUCAACAUGAACAAGACCACCUCCGUCGCUCAACAGAUCUCUCAGGGAAUGGGAUACCUGCACGCCAGGGGGAUCAUCCACAAAGAUCUAAAAACGAAAAACAUUUUCCUGGAAAAUGGAAAAGUCAUCAUAACAGAUUUUGGACUGUUCAGUGUCACCAAACUGUGUUUUGCAAACAGGAAGGUGGAUGGCCUCAGCAUACCCAAGGGGUGGCUUUGUUACCGCCCGGAGAUCAUCCGGAGUCUGCGAGCUCACCAGAAACCUGACGACGAGGAACUUCCGUUCUCCAAAUCCUCAGAUGUGUACGCUUUUGGCACUGUUUGGUACGAGCUGUUGUGCGGGGAAUGGCCGUUCAAGGGACAGCCCCCCGAACCCAUCAUCUGGCAAGUUGGUAAGGGAGCCAAGCAGCCUCUGGCAAACCUGCAAGCCUCCAGGGACGUCAAGGACAUAUUGAUGCUGUGCUGGUCCUAUCAGCCAAGUGAGAGACCAGACUUUAUCCGACUGCUCAAGACUCUGGAAAAGCUGCCCAAGAAGCGUCUGGCUCGCAGUCCCUCUCACCCCAUCCACCUCUCACGGUCGGCAGAAUCUGUUUUCUGAGUGGUGCAUUUACCUGCUACUCUCGAGUCUGUGGAGUCCGUCUUCUGAACAGAUGACUGACUAGCCACGCUCGAGACUGCAGAGUCUGUUUUCUGAACUCAACAGCCAGCCACUCUUAAAUCCACAGAGGUUGUCUUCUGAACUGUUCAUUUGCCAGCCACUCUCAUGUCUGCGAGGGUCUGUCUUCUGAACAGAUGACUGACUAGCCACGCUCAAGACUGCAGAGUCUGUUUUCUGAACUCAUCAGCCAGCAACUCUUAAUUCCACAGAGGUUGUCUUCUGAACUGUUCACUCGCCACCCACUCUCGAGUUAACAGAGGUUGUCUUUUGAACAGUUCACUCGCAGCUACUCUUGGGUCUGCAGAGUUUGUCUUCUGAACUGUUCACUCACCAGCCACUCUCGAGUUCUCGGUUGUUGUUCUCUGAACUGUUCACUUGCCAGCCACUCUCGAGUUCACGGAGGUUGUCUUCUGAACCGUUCACUUGCAGCUACACUCUCGAGUUCACGGAAGUUGUUCUCUGAACUGUUCAUGGAGGUUGUUCUCUGAACUGUUCAUGGAGGUUGUUUUCUGAACUUUUCACGGAGGUUGUUCUCCGAACUGUUCACUCGCCAGCCACUCUCGAGUCCACGGAGGUUGUCCUCUGAACUGUUCACUCACCAGCUACUCUCGAGUCCACGGAGGUUGUCCUCUGAACUGUUCACUCACCAGCCACUCUCGAGUCCACGGAGGUUGUCCUCUGAACUGUUCACUCACCAGCCACUCUCGAGUCCACGGAGGUUGUCCUCUGAACUGUUCACUCACCAGCCACUCUCGAGUCCACGGAGGUUGUCCUCUGAACCGUUCACUCGCCAGUUACUCUCGAAUAUGCAAAGUCUGCUUCUGAACUGUUCACUCGCCAGCCACUCUGGGGUCUGCGGAGAUAGCUAUGACGUAACCAACAUUUCUAAUGUCAGUUCUCAGCAUUCAAGGUACAUCAGAGGAUCCAUGUGGUUAGUUGUGAUACGUUGUGACCAAAGAAAAACAUCUUUGUACUGGUACACCUUACUUUUGUUAAUUAUAUUUAAGCAAACUAAUACAUUCUUGAAAGGAUUAACAUUAUAGAAAGUCUCCAAUAGAGAUAUAUGUUGUGGUUUUAAAAUCUAUUCAGUUUAGAUUGUAUUUUCUCAGAAUACAUAUUUUUCUAUUGAGCUGUACACCAAAGAUUGUUUCUAAUACAGAGAUUUUAUUCAAAGUGCUGAUAAUAAUUCGAGUUAUAAAAGAUCCAUUCCAAAAAAUGUUUAAUAUUUAAUUUACCUUUUAGAUCACACAUAUAAAUUUAUUUUCAAACAAAAUACAUAUUCAAUAACUUGUAAACUACAAAAAAAUAUAGUAAUCUUAAAAAUUCCGUGUGAAAAAACUUUAGUGCAAAAAGUUUUUGAGAAAAAUGUUGAGGUAUGUUAAAGCAUAAACUAAAUAUGAUUAUAUGAUAAAGAUGAAAUCUUCUUGAAGAUAUAUUGCCACAUGACAUAUUCACAUUUUUAUUCAUUAAAUUGUGUUUCAUAUGAGUGUUUAAAUAGUAAAAGUAUACACACCAAAAUGGCGUUGGAUGUGUUGGGCUACAUGUGUUAAAAUACUUUGUCUAACUCCAUAAACAAAAAAAAUUAGAUGAUUCAAUCUCUUAUGGGUGUAUUGAGUGUUUUUAAAAAUUUAUUCUGCAAUUUUCUCAUUGCCAGCAUGGUUACCCAUAAAACCAAUUUUCAAAUAUUCGCUAACACUCAGCCAAAUCCCAUGGAGUCGCAUGCAACAUAAUCGAACCCAGUGUUUUUUUUUUCAUGUAGAAAUGAAGCUUCAUGCAAAUUUCAAGUCUAGGUCAGUUUGUUCUUGAGAUAUCGUGCAGACAGACAGACGGUCAUACAAACAAAUUAAAUUUUUCUAGCCUCACGAGUGAUACGCUUUGCUAAUGCUCAGCCAAUAAACAUUUAUAUAUUAUGUACAUAACUGGCCCUGUAACUUCACCUGAUAACUUACGUAAGGAUCUUUUUCGUAAUAGUGUUAGCCGAAUUAUAUGUUUUAAAGUUUGAAAAGCAAACGAUUAAAAAUUAUUAUAUCAGCAUCAAAUAAAAACUUUUUUGUGUAAUUUUAUCAGUAACAAAACCUAACAUGUAUUGGUGUUAUACAUAUACGGAGACUUGUUUGAAAAGUGACAACUAGUUUAAUUCAAAUCUUGUUAUUUAGUACACUUGGUGAAAAUUUCUAUUUAUUUUUUGUCUUUACUCCGUAAGAAACUUCUGAUGUUGGUGUUCUCACAAUGCUAAUUCCAAGAAUGUAUUUUGGUCACUAGGCUAUCGCAAGUCCAACGCGUACGUAACGUGACGUACAAUGAUGUUACUCGACCUAACAUAAUGUAGCGUAACAUUAGUUUAGACGUACAAAGAUUGAUCUCUCUGCGACAAGUUACCAUAUUUUGGCCACAAGUUGGACAAACUUUAAGCUUUAAUUUUUUAUAUAUGAUUAGUUUUAUGUUUGUACAUAUAAAUAAAUACAUACAUAAUAUAAUAUAUAUAUAUGGUUGCCUUCAGA